UCCAAAGGUAAUGGGAUCAAGUCAGACAACGAAAGCAUUUCUUUUUGACUCGACACUCCGUCGCUAUCUCGUUUAAUGUUGCACUUCGGUCCCUGGCAAAUCGCGGUUCAUACAAUUGUACAAUAAUACCGCUCUCUUCAAAGGUAAUCAACUCAAGUCUGACAACAAAAGCGCUGCAGGAAUUGCACUUGUGGACUCACAGUCAACGAACCACUUGUGACCGAGGCAGACACACUGCGGCUGUCCAGAGACAGAACGUUGGAAGACUUGUCGACGGUGUCGGUGCUUUCGCGAGGAGAAUGGCGAGCCAAUUUGAGAAUGAUCUCCACUGUCCGACCUGUUUGGCGAUCUUUAAAGAUCCUGUCAUGCUGCCGUGUAGUCACAGCAUCUGUCGUGCGUGUGCGCAGCAGUGGUGGGAUGGCAAAGGAGAGCGAACAUGUCCGGUCUGCAGAAAAACGUGCGGGUCGACGGAUGUACCUCUCAACUUGGCCCUCAGGAAUUUGUGCAAGGCCUUUUCAAAACAUGCCUCAGUGGAGUCGGAGGACGUCUGCAGCUUGCACAAGGAGAAACUGAAACUCUUCUGUUUGGACCACCAGGAGCUCGUGUGCAUCAUCUGCCGAGAUGCGGAAAGCCACACUGGCCACAAGUUCCGUCCCCUCGAGGAGGUCGUGAAAGGUCACAAGGAGCAACUCCGGGAAGGGCUGCGGGACGCAAAGAAAAGGCUGCAAGAUCAGAAGGAGAUAAGAGACGACUGCAACGAGCAAGCGGCGUACAUCAAGGUCCAGAGGAAGCAGGUUAAAAGCAAGAUCAAGAAGGAUUUUGAGGCGCUUCGUCGCUUCCUGGAGGAGGAGGAGGAGGAAUCGCUCAAGUAG